AUGCCUUCCAUAGCCGAAUUGAGGAGCAGGUUGGCAUCAGCGCAGUCUAGAAAGGCGAAGGCGCGGCUGAGCAAUUUACAGUGUAUAGACAUCCUUCUUAAGGUAUGUAGGAAGAAAAAUGUCAAUGUGAUCAUGAGCAGCGAUGGAAUGCUGUUUUACACAAUAGAAGAGGUACAAAACGAGGUGGAGAAUGAAUUGUUGCUCCACGGAGGAAGGAUUCCAAUCUUCCAGCUCAACGCGAUACUUAAUUUCCAGCCAGACUACAUCGACAAGGCAGUGAACAACAUAACGAAGGCGAGCGAUGACUACCUGAACUCGCACGGAGUAAUAAUCAGCAGGGACUACGUGAGGAACCUGAUGGCCGCAAUAAACGACAGGGUCCAGGAGUGCGGAACAGUGGCGUUCUCGGAGUUGUCGAAGGAGUACGACCUGCCGCUGGAAAUGAUCAAGUCAUACGUUAACGCGAACGUGGGAACUGUGAUAAAGGGAAUCAUCAACGGGAACAUCAUCGAGUCGCAAACCUUCGAGGAGAGAAAGGUGAACAACCUGAAGGCGGCGCUGCUCGCAGUGACGACGCCAAUGGCGACCCAGGAGAUAUCGCGCAUAAUAAAGAUCAACAUCAACGUGGUGAACGACAUGAUCCAGGACCUGCUGAAGAAGGAGGAGGUGCACGGGAUGCUGAAGGGAGGAGAGUACACGCCGAGGUCGUACAUGGACUCGGUGGAAAGCUACCUGGCGAACAACUACAGCAGGAACGGAUACGUGGAGGUGAAGCUGGUGAAAACGUUCGCACACCUGGACGCGAAGCUGGUCGAAAAGAUCUUCCCGAACAACCUUAAGUUGGAUUCAGUGUACAUUAACAAGGACCUGUUCCAGCCAGUGUCGAUUUUGAUCAACGAGGCGAUCUCGUCUAGGAGCUGGAGAGAGGUUAGCUCGAUGCUGCCCGGAGUGCUGAACCAGAGCGACUGGACGCUGGUGGUCAACAGCGUCAAAAACGCAGCAAAAAGUGGGCUGCUGAUGGACAGCGUGUACGUCUCAAAUUCGUUCAAGGAGGACCUGAUCAAGUACCUGAUAAAGCAGAUGAGCGACUUCAAGGACAAGGUGAAGCAGUUUUACCAGGUGUUCAACGAGUCGAAGCUGGGAUCAGGCCAUUUAUCUGAGUGCGUUGAGCUGAUACUGGGUUACGAAAGUGUUUCUGAUAAUUUGGAUUUGAAUGCUGAUGGCCCUGAUAAGGACGAUGAAAAGGGCAAUGGUGCCGCUAAUGCUGAAGAUUAUGAGAGUCCAGGAUCUAAAACUGAAGUAACUGAUGAAAUGAAGGCUGAUGCGAAGUUCGACAUCAAGGAUAACCACUUUGUGGACCUGUAUCAAGUAUACCCGGAGCAGCUGCUAUCGCUGGUUGAAGAGGACCUGAAGAAGGAGCUGAUGAAUAUGAUAGUGUCGGCGAAGAGGGCGACGAAGACGUCGGCCCAGAGCAAGAUAACCAAGGACACCACGGAGACGCUGGUGCUGCACAUCAUGGAGAGUGAAAUGGCGCUGAAGACCUUCGAAAAGGUGGAGCACAGCGCCAACAACGUGUUGCUGCAGUUCAUGGCGAAGGAGCUGUGCUCCGCCGUCUUCAACCUCCUGCUGGAGUACUACCUCAGGAACAACAAGCUCGUGGAGGGGGCCGUCGAGUUGGACGCAACCAAGAGGAUCAAGAUGCUCGAGUUGAUACUGGACGAGGACGUCAAAGCCCAGUUCGGCGAGUUUGCGGCGCACCUGAAAAGCAAGGACGCGGCGCAGUGCGUGUCCUCCUCUCGGGAGCUGUGCAAGUUGAUGUACAUUAACUACAACCUGAAGAGGGACUCGAGGAACUUCCUGAAGGCGAAGCAGACUCAGUUCAACCAGCAGCUAUCGUCGCUGACGCAUCUAGAUGCGCUUCUGUGCUGCUACGUGUGCGUGAACUUGGUCCUCCUCAAGGGCAACCACUACUUGUUCUUCAGCGAAAAGCUCUGGUGCCUCAAGGAGACGCUCAAUCUCUUCCAGCCUCUGCUGUCCACUUCAGAGCACUUCGACCUGAUCAGGGAGUUGGUCGACCUAGCUGAGGAGGUUGAAACCAAAGGGGAGGAGUCAGGUAAUCGCGGAAUUAUUAAUGCCAGUUAUUUAGAUGUUGUUAUUUAG